GAGAGCUGUGUGAGCUGAGCUGAACUCGAGUGCGCUACGCGGAAGGUAAAAGAUGCGCUCCGAACUCUCCGUUUACGCUUUCCCCAGCAAGAACCUUUAAGGAUUACUCUGCUUUUCCUCAUAUCAUUUGUUUGGCAUCUUGGGAGGUACUUUUCGUCCAUCUACAGAUGCGUUUCCAGAUCACGCGGAGACAAGUGGGACAUGAUCACACUGCCUACGGAGUCUGCUGUGUUUAGUGUGGUUGAUCUAGUGCGGGACAAGAAGCGAGACCGUGAACCGUUCCUGCACUCAGUGCCUCCCGCGGACCCGCAGCGCCAGGCGAAGCGUUUGCCCGUCAAAGUGUUGAAAAUGCUGAGUGCGCGGACCGGACACAUCCUGCACCCGGACUAUCUGCAGCCGUUACCGUCCACUCCCGUCAGCCCCAUUGAGCUGGAUGCCAAGAAGAGUCCCCUCGCCCUCCUCGCACAAACAUGCUCCCAAAUCGGCAAAUCGGAUCCGCCGUCCUCCACCAAACUCUCAGCGGUCGCCUCGGACAAAGACUGCAAAUCCAGCCCGCUGAAAAUCAGCGACAUCGGAGCCGAGGACAAAUCUAGUUUUAAGCCAUACGCCAAAUCUGAGAGAAAAGACACGGGUGGAGAUAAAUCGGGUUUCCGCGUGCCGAGCGCCACCUGCCGUCCGGCCACGCCUCGGACGGGCAGCCCGAGCUCCUGCAGCUCCGUCUCCCCUCAACCCGGACGACCGGAAUCGGGGGAUAAAACGGGGAAGAAGGAAAAUGAUGCGGCUAAGACGCCGGACACAUCCGGGGUGAGAACCGAAAGCAGUGGAGAAACAAACAAACAGGAUGUUUCCAAACCACCCCUGUCUGACAGCAUCCCCGCAUCCUCGGCGUCAUCCGUACUAGGUUCGGGACUCGUCGCGCCCGUUUCGCCCUACAGACCCGGUCACACCGUAUUCCCAAUCUCUCCCUACCCCGGGGCGUACGCCGCCUACCCUCAACCCUUCCUAUCGCACGGCGUGACGCUGGACCCGAGCAAAGCCGGCGGCGGCGGCAGCCAAUUGAUUAAUGCUCAGCUGUCCGGCGCUCUCAGCGGUAAGGCGGGGUCCAGUCCCCUCGCCGGAGCCUCUCCGCCAUCCAUCAUGUCCAGCGGCCUGUGCAGAGACCCGUUCUGCCUGAGCUACCACUGCGCUAGCCAUCUAUCAUCCGGCGGCUCGCACGACAGCGCCGCGGCCUUAAAGUCCGGAUACCCGCUUAUGUAUCCCAGCCACUCUCUGCACCCGUUAACCACCUCUACGCCCUCGUUCCCGGGACACCCGUUGUAUCCUUACGGCUUCGUGCUCCCGAAUGAAUCCCAGCCGCACGUUUGCAACUGGGUUUCCGCGAACGGACCCUGCGACAAGCGCUUUUCAUCCUCGGAGGAGCUUUUGGCCCAUUUGCGGACUCACACUGCGUUCGCAGGUGCCGAGAAGCUCAUGUCGGGAUAUCCGAACUCUUUAACCAUGGCUUGUCACGUGCCAGGAGCCCCGCUGGCGCUCAGGACCCCUCAUCACACGCUCGGGCUUGGCGCACGGUAUCACCCGUAUUCCAAAAGCCCGUUACCGACGGGUGCGCCGGUGCCGGUUCCCGCAGCCACGGGCCCGUUUUACUCCCCAUACGCUCUUUAUGGACAGAGACUGACCACUGCGCCUGGGCUCGGAUAUCAGUGAGGAACGGAUUUUUUUUUUUUUUUUUUAAGUGUUUUUGUUCGCCUCAGGACUUACUAGUGGACCAUUAUUUAUUAAAGUUAGCUUUAAAGCGAAUGAAAUGAAACAAGACUCACAUGGCUUUAUUUAAACUGUUACAGACGUAAUUCUUAAAAAAAAACAAGCCACACUGUGUAAUGUCUUAUAGCCAAAAUUUGCAUGUUUAUUUCUAAAUUUACUUGAAGUAUAUUUUAAAGUUUGUGCGGGAGAAGUUUUUACUGUGCAACUCAGGGAAAAACGACAGCAAUUAAAGAAUAACUCAAUUCA